CAUCAAUUACUUGAUAUUCGAAAACAACAAGUAUUUGAAGAAAUCAAUGACCAAAAAAAGAGACGAUGUCUUGCAUUACAGAAACAACAUGAAGAUGUUCAGAAAAUAGUUAAAGACAGUGAAAUAUUAGAACUCGUUGCAAAAGAAAUGCUGUUAAAGGAUGAUUUACACUUAUUGAAAGUUAAAAAUGAAUUAUUCAUUAAUCUUGCAGAGUUUGAUCAUUUAAAAAAACAACCAAAAAUUGAACUGUGCUCAAUAAAUAAUUAUCAGUCAUAUACAACCGAUACGGAAGCCUUCAAUACACUUCGACAACAAAUUGAAAAACUGGGUACUGUGGGUGAAUCACUUACACUUAAAACUGGUACAGUUGCUUAA